AUGUCAAGUAUUGCUGGGAAACGACGUGUUCGUACCGUUACGGUCACUGCUAUUAAAAAUAUAUUUGAAAGGGCCAAUGAGUGUAUGACUAAUUUUAGCCAGGAUAGUAACUCUUUUGAGGAACUAUCUAGUUUUAAGGAAGUUUUGAUCGAAAAAUAUAAUAAAGUUAAAGCAAUUGAUGAUGAUUUGAUCAAUUUAAUUGAAGAUGAUGAGGAAUUGUUAAAUGAUGAAAAUUUAGCUAAUGAUAUUAACGAGUCGCAAUCUAGCAGUUUAAAAAGUUUUUCAAAUAAUAACAUUAAACUUCCACCUUUAAAAUUAAGUACCUUUAGUGGAAAGCCAGAGGAAUGGCAGACCUUUUAUGAAAAUUUUGAAUGUGCCAUCCAUAAUAAUAAUGAUCUUUCCCCAAUACAAAAGCUUAACUAUCUAAGAAAUUUACUUGACGGGAAAGCUUUAAAAACAAUUUCAGGCUUAGCAUUAUCAAAUGACAACUAUCAUACAUCAUUGGAAUUACUUAAGGAAAGAUUUAAUGAUAAACAACUUUUAAUUUCGACACAUAUGAAGUCACUUCUAUCUCUAGAGAGAGUGCAAAGUAUUAACAACAUUUCUUUAUUAAGACGUAUUCAUGAUAAUAUCGAAGUUCAAAUUAGAAGUUUAGAAAACUUAGGUGUAGAUUCAACUAUGUAUGGACCUUUAUUGAUUCCUAUUAUAAUGCAAAAAAUUCCAGAGGAGUUAAAUUUGAUUAUUGCUAGAAACUUCGAUUCCUGUGAUUAUUGGGAUAUAAAAUAUGUUUUAAAAUCUUCAAAAGCUGAGUUGCAAGCUAGGGAAAAAGCUCACUCGGGUAGAGAGUGUAAUUUUGAUCCUUCAACAGCAGAAGUAUUACAUUCUAGUGCUUCCUUUAAGCCACAAUAUGAAUUAAAAUGCAUUUUUUGUAGUAAAAGUCAUAAAAGUGAAAGUUGUAAAACUGUAACAAAUAUAAAUUCAAGGAGAAAUAUUUUAAGAGAUAAAAGGCGUUGCUUUAAUCGCCUGAAAUCAGGUCAUAUGUCUAAAGAUUGUCGUUCUAGAAUAAGCUGUUAUGAGUGCUCAGGGAAGCAUCAUGUUUCUAUGUGUUUUAAAAGGUUUCCUUUGCAUAUUGAUGAUAGUAAAGAAUCAAACAAUAAGUUAACGUCUGUUGCUACUACAGAAGCAUUGAAAUCUAAGAAUGUAUUGUUACAAACUGCUUUGGUUACAGUAAAGAAUAAAGAUAAGACACUAAGAUGUCGCCUUUUAUUUGACACUUGUUCUCAGCUGAGUUAUAUUUCCCCAUCAUUACGAAAGAAGCUCUUUCUACCCACAUUAGGUAGAAAGCAAUUAAAUAUUAAAACUUUUGGCAAUCAGAGCCAAACCCAGAACUUAAAGAUGGUUAAACUUUCUAUACUGACUUUAAAAAAUUCCUUAAUACCUAUAACUUGUUUUGUUAAGCCCAUAUGGGCUCCUCUUAGUGGUCAGUAUAUAGAGGAGGCUGUCGAUUCCUUUGAACAUUUAAAAGGAAUAAAUUUAGCUGAUAGUAAUGUAGAUUGCAAAUCAUUGGAAGUAGAUGUACUUAUUGGAGCGGAUUAUUAUUGGUCAUUUUUUAAUGGCAAGGUAAUUCGUGCCAAUACAGGUCCUGUUGCUUUACAAUCAUCAGUUGCUUAUAUAUUAGGCGGAAAUGUAAAUGCAUCAUCUGGGAAAGAUUGCUGUGUCUUCUCCACACAUACUUUAAAAGUUGAAACGAAAUUCAUUAAUGAAAUUCCUUAA